AUGACAGGCAGGCUCAUGACUUCGCCGGCAGGGCCCCUUAUUCGACUAACUUACGCGAGCGGCACACCAUCGCAAAACCCCGAUCCAGACAAAACUCCAACCUACUCGCAGGUCAAGACCCCGGACCCGUCCUCUCUUGAGGGCGGAGCGCUACGUAGGGGUGGAACCCCGGUCCUUACGAGCCGUGAUAGUAUCGUAACCACCGCCUCAACGCUCGUCAUUCUACCAUGGAGUUUCAAGGUGUUUUACAGCAUUCUAUCGGACUGUGUGCCUCUGUGGGGAUACCGUCGCAAAGUCUGGAUGCUCGUCGGUUGGGCCGUACCGUCCGACCGCGGCAUUGAUCCCGCUGACUACACGCCGGAGAUAGAGGCUCGCAUCAACUUUGACGCCGGCAGCCAGGCCGGCAAGUACGUCAUGCUCAUGCUUUUCGCCGCUAUCGGCUACGUGCUGGUUGAUCAUGAGCCUGUGGAGAAGCGUGGUACGAUCCAGUCUGCAAUCUACGCUGUCCGAACAGUAUUCGUUAUCAUUGGUCAACUUUUGGUUGGUUUCUGCUUCAACAGUGAGGCGUAUGGAGUCAUCACUGCGCCAAUUAUCCCUAUUACAUGGUUCUUCAUCAAGGAGGAGAAGCAGUCAAAAGUAUCGUUCAGGAAAUACAUGAGCGAGUUGUGGAAUCUGAUUCAGAAGCGCGCAGUCUACCAGAACGUCUUCUCCAAUAUCUCGUACACUGCCAGUUCUCCGGUCCAGUCGUACAAGGUUGGUGUCACUCCGAUCAACAACACCAUCAGCGAGAUCAUUAGUAACGUGCUUUUCAUGGGUGGCAUCAUGGCUACGUCCAAGUGGGGUAUGCACUGGAGUUGGCGCAAAAUGAUUCUCUGUACGGGUAUCUUUGUAAUCCUCGCGGAUGGUAUUACGACUUUCCUCACAAUUUGGAAUUUAUUCCGUAGCCAGUGA